AUGAACGCUUUCGACUCAUCGGCGACGACUCCGACAGGUCCCAGCAACGCUGCCGGAGCCCGCGAUAUCAGAUAUUCUUCGUCACGCUCACCUACGCAUGUCGAUUCGGGCCUGUCAUCUUCGGCCGGUAGCAGCCGGUCCCACUCGAGCGUUCCAUCCCGAACUUAUGCCGGCUUGCAGCAGACGAGACCCUCCAACGAGUCAACCCCGAUCAACGGGUCGGGUGCCUUGACGCGCAACUACCAAGCCACCGCGACAUCAAAUCCCCAGGGCGACCCAGCCGAUUCGGGGAAAGGCGACCAGGGGCCUUCGGGUCUCAGCACAGGCGCGAAUGACGCCAGUCGCACGCGGAGUAACAGGACAGAGCCGCCCACCGAGCCGCAUCGUUCAUGGUAUAGCCAAAUCGUCGAUCGAUACGGCUCCCUAGAGCUGGAAAACAAAGGCAGUGUAGCACGCGAUCACCUUGCACUUGAGCGAACCUUUCUCGCCUGGAUGCGUACUUCUCUAGCCUUUGCCUCUAUCGGCAUCGCCGUCACCCAACUCUUCCGACUCAACAGCGCUACCGCAACCACAGAUACGAACGGCUUUCAUAAUAAUGCUGCGAUUAUCCCCCCUCUUAUGUCUCCGAACAUGCUCGAUCUAGCUUCAACACCCUCAUCUCGUGACUCCUCCCGACUUCGCAGUGUCGGAAAGCCCCUCGGUUCUACCUUUAUUGGUGUUGCCAUUCUCAUCCUAAUUGUUGGAUUUCACCGCUACUUUGAAAGUCAGUACUGGAUCGUGCGGGGCAAGUUCCCUGCUAGCAGAGGAAGUGUUGCUCUUACAGCGGCAGUGGCUAUGGCGCUGAUCGUCGCGGCGUUCGCGGUCAUCCUGGCGGUUUCACCGGGUGCCAUUGAACGGUAG